GUUUCUUUCUCCUUGACCCUCUUCCAUUGUCACUCUCUCUCGCCUAUCAACGCUUCAAUGCUUUCUUAAUUUUUUUCUUCUGUUUCCUCUCUGACCAAUCUCGUGGAGAUCAAGUGCUGCCGACGCUUGUCGCCAAUUCCAAAUCCUCUUUCCAUCGAUUUUGGCGCGGGCUUGAGCAAAGAAUAGUAACUUUUGAGGAGAGAAUCUGAGGAACAUGGGGCUGAUUUCUGGGAUUUUCUUCGGUGUGAUAUUCGGCGUUGUCCUGAUGGCUGGUUGGAGUCGCAUGAUGAGGCAUCGCACCUCCAAGCGAGUUUCAAAGGCUGUUGAUAUGAAACUUCUAGGCUCGCUUAGCAGAGAUGAUCUGAAGAAAAUUUGUGGUGAUAAUUUUCCGGAAUGGAUAUCAUUUCCAGCCUUUGAACAGGUUAAAUGGCUGAAUAAACUGCUGAGCAAGAUGUGGCCAUAUGUUGCAGAGGCAGCAACUAUGGUGAUUAGAGAAUCUGUCGAACCAUUGCUGGAAGAAUACAGGCCUGCAGCUAUCACAUCACUGAAAUUUAGCAAAUUAACUCUGGGAAAUGUAGCACCAAAAAUUGAAGGUAUUCGUGUUCAAAGUCUCAAGGAAGGUCAGAUUACAAUGGACAUUGAUCUCCGAUGGGGUGGUAAUCCAAACAUCAUUUUAGGUGUUACAGCACUAGUUGCUUCCAUACCCAUUCAGUUGAAGGAUCUUCAAGUUUUCACAGUUGUGCGUGUUAUCUUUCAACUUGCUGAGGAGAUUCCUUGCAUCUCUGCUGUUGUUGUUGCUCUGCUUGCUGAGCCCGAACCUAGAAUCGAUUACACUCUGAAGGCUGUUGGUGGAAGUUUAACAGCCAUUCCUGGACUCUCCGAUAUGAUCGAUGAUACUGUCAAUUCCAUUGUCAAAGAUAUGCUUCAGUGGCCUCAUAGAAUCGUUGUUCCAAUUGGCGGUAUUCCUGUGGACACGAGCGAACUGGAGCUUAAACCGCAAGGGAAGCUCACCGUAACAGUGGCCAGAGCAAGCAACUUAAAGAACAAGGAGUUGAUUGGAAAAUCUGACCCUUAUGCUGUCAUAUUUAUUCGGCCUGUCUUCAAGUAUAAAACAAACACUAUAGAGAACAACCUGAAUCCGGUUUGGGAUCAAACGUUUGAGCUAAUAGCAGAAGACAAGGAAACCCAGUUUCUCACUGUUGAGGUGUACGACAAAGACGUAGGUCAAGACGAGCGUUUGGGACUUGUAAAACUGCCUCUGAGCGGGCUGGAAUCCGAGGCCACCAGGGACAUUGAACUCAAUCUGUUGGCUUCACUUGAUACUUUGAAAGUAAAGGACAAGAAAGAUAGAGGAAGUAUAACCCUUAAGGUGCAUUAUCACGAGUUCAACAAGGAGGAGCAGUUGGAAGCACUGGAAGAAGAGAAGAGGAUACUUGAGGAAAGGAAGAAACUGAAGGAGGCAGGGGUAAUAGGUAGCACUAUGGACGCAGUGGGAAUGGUGGGGAGCGGGAUCGGGGCAGGAGUAGGAUUGGUCGGAACUGGCCUUAAUUCUGGAGUCGGAAUGGUGGGUAGUGGCCUUGGAGCCGUCGGGAGUGGACUGAGCAAAGCCGGGAAAUUCAUGGGUCGAACCAUAACAGGCCACUCCAGUAAACGCAGCAAUGGCUCGUCAUCUUCCACGCCCGUGAACAGUGUCCAAGACAAUGGUGGUGCAAAGCCUCUAAAGCAACAAGAGUAAGUACUUCUGUUUAGACGCUUUUUAACUUUUUUUUUUGUCGUUGUCUUCUUCUGUUUGCUGAGUGAGAUUUAUAUAUAACAUGAAAUUUUUUUCUGUCUAUAUUUUGUUACUGAGUUUGCCUUUUGGAUUAUUCCUUACUUACGUUUGAAGGAAUCGUUUGCUUUUUUUGAGUCUGGUCACCAACUUUGCAUCUUCUUUUGGUGUUUUAUUUCGUUGCUGUAUGAGUCAGUUCCUUUAAAACCUUGUACAAACAGCAACUGUUAACUGUUGUUGAAAGCGCAUCCACUUGGUGUUUUCUUU